UGAGUAGUGCGAGCUGGAGUGAACACGCGCGCACAAUGUCAGAUUCGCAGACCAAGCGGAUUUACUGCGCUCAACAGAUAAACGUACCACCGACGUUCCCGCACAUUCUGAAACUAUACGCGAAGGCGGCGAUUCGCACGCAGCCGAACGAUCUUCUACGAUGGACCGCCGCGUAUUUCCGCGCUCUAGCGAACGGCGAGGUGCCUCCGGCGAAGGACAGAUUGGAAUAUCCACCCUUUAUACACCCCUCGGGCAUCACGCCCGGUUAUCUGAAGACCCUGCUCAACAGAUUCGGUCACGUGAACAAGGUCUGCUUGAGAGCCCUCCUGCUGGACUGCCAAGGGUUGGAUUUACCCGAAACGAGUCUUUAUCAGCUUUUCAUGGUUGCCGGUUUAUUGGAAGAUAAAGAGUACUGUGAUUUUUAUCGAUUCCUCGCGGUCGCCUGUGGAUUUUUAGGAAAUAAUCUUCUCGAGACGAUGAUAUACGUAUGCGAGCUACUAACGUACGAGCCGGAAGGCGGCUCGGCCAUGAUAUCCUUGAGGAUUUUCCUGGAUCUCUAUGGAUAUCUAGCGGAUCUCGAUUGCGGUGGCGAGCGUUGCAAAGCCGAGCGCGUCGAUUCCCCGUCUGACACGACAACGUCUGUCUCGAAGCCGUCGUCGUCCGGCACGAUCGAUUUGACGGCGAGAGCUCACAGCUGCGAGUUCGCAGCGGAAAAGGAAGAGGCGAGAAGCACUGAUGAGGAUGUUUGUGGGAAAGCACCUCGCGAAAACCGACCUUCGGAAAGCUUCGAGAUCUUGAAGGAUUAUGGGGAUGACCCGGAGCACUCCGACAUCGACAUAGUGUUGGCGAGACAGUCUGUCGCCAGCGAUAAAACCGAAAUUGAGAUCGAAUCGAUUGAUGGUCACGUUUUCCGAGGAGGGACGAGCGAGUCAACAGUCGAGACGAAGUUUGAGCAUGUCACUCCUUCGAUCAUUGAUCACAUCGAACGUAAUGGCGAUACUAGUAGCGUUGAUGUGCAAGAGACAACUGAUGAUGCAUUCGAGUUUAACUCUGAGAGCGAGGAGAGAGUCGUGAGGGAAGCGAUUGAUUGUGAGGCUAUGACUACUUGGAUCGAUCUAAAAAACUCGUCAGAGAUCUACCGAUGCAGCGAACCUGAAAGCUACCAGACGCCACCGCCCGAUCCGCUGAAAGAGUUCCUGAAGAGGAUGCGGGCGGAGAUGGAAGCGGGUCGUCUGGAAACAAUCUUCCGGGUAUCUGGAAUUGGUCCGCCGGUGUCGUCCGAGCGUGUAACAGCUGUUGGAUUGUGGCUGGCGGACUGUGCGCGUCGUCAAGAGGGUUUGGUCGGACCGCGUAAUAUCCGCCACUUUCUUUGCCCGAAUCUCAAUGAUAUUCUAGAGUGUGAUUGCACCUAA